AUGUCAUUCUCCUUGCUUAAAUACACCAUGUACAGCAUGACUCCAUUUUUGAAAGGGAAGGUGGAGGAGGAAGAGGAUGUGAAGAAAGAAGAUUUGAGAGCAUUUAGCAUCCUCGACCAGAGCCGGAAACCUUGUGUGUUGGGCCAGAUGACCUCCUCUGCUGGCAUCUUUGUAUACAAUGGCUCCAGUGAUAAGCUACUGUGUCACCUGAUGGGCUUGGAUCAGUGUCAACUGGAGGAAUUCAAACUUUGCCUCCAGUCCGCACAGCAGCUGCCUGAGAACGUCCGGAAGAUGGCCUGGGCAGACUUGAAAGCCAUCAGUCCCACUAACCUGCUCUGUCUGAUGAAGGAACAUUUAUCAGUAAGGCAGGUAUGGGCCAUGACCCUCCAUGUCUUCGAGCACAUGAAGCUGACGUCACUAUGGGAGCAAAUGAGAGCAGAGAUGACAGAGACGGCACAGGUGUGGGGACCCCAAGAUCCAAACCAAGAAGACCCAGAGAUGCCAGAAGAAGAAACAGACCACAGAAGGAGAUACAGAGAGAGGGUGAGGACGAAAAUACUGGUCCUGUGGGACAACACCCCUUGGCCUGAGGACCACAUAUAUCUCCGCAACGUGAUGGAGCAGGAACACGAAGAGCUGCGGAGCCUGCUGCAUCCUAACAGGACGGGGGCCCAGCCCCUCACCGUGGUCUUGGAGGGCAUGGCGGGGGUUGGCAAGACCACCCUGGCGAUGAAGGCCGUGCUGCACUGGGCGCAGGGCGUGCUCUUUCAGCACCGAUUCUCCUAUGUUUUCUACAUCAGCUGCCACAAAGUAGGAGCAACUGCCAACACCACCUUGGCUGGCCUGCUUUCCUGGGACUGGCCUGACUCUCAGGUCCCCAUCGACGAGUUCAGGGGUCACCCUGAGAGGCUCCUGUUUGUCCUUGAUGGCCUUGAAGAAGUGGCUGUGUCCUCCGACUUGUACGACAGCCCACCCUGCACAGACUGGUACCAGCAGCUCCCAGUGGCCAGAAUCCUCCUCCACUUGUUGAAGAAGGAGUUGGUUCCCACAGCUACCUUACUGAUAAUUACCAGAGGCUCUAUCAAUAAAGAUCUUAAACACUUGUUAGUGAAUCCAUGCUUUGUCAUCAGCUCAGGAUUCACAGAAGGGGACCGGGAGGAGUAUCUCAUCCGGUUCUUUGGUGACCAAGACAAAGCUAAGAAAAUCUUGCAUUGGAUGAGGAAAAGGGAAACUCUCUUUCAUUCCUGCUCUGCCCCCCUGGUGUGCUGGGCUGUGUGUUCCAGCCUGAAGUGGCAGAUGGUAAACCCUUCUUUCCAGCUGAGCACCCAGACCGCCACCAGUCUCUACGCCUAUUUUUUCUGUAGCUUGUUUGCCAUGGCAGAGGUGAGUUUGUCAGAUCAGAGCUCACCAGAACAGUGGAGAGCCUUCUGCUGUCUGGCCGCAGAGGGGAUGUGGUUGUCAAACUUCACCUUUGCAAAAGAGGUCAUGGAACGCAGGCAUCUGGAAGCCUCUUUCACUGAUUCUCUCUUGAGGCUGAAUAUUCUUCGAAAGGUCAGUGACUGUGAGGACUGCAUCGCUUUCAGUCACCAAAGUUUCCAGGUAUUUUUUGGGGCCAUGUUCUAUGUGCUCUGGGGAACGAGAGGAUCCCUUGGUGGUCCCCCAAAGCAUCAAGAGAUGCGGGUAUUCCUGAACGAUGCCUUCACUAACGCAAACAUCUAUUGGCAUCAGAUGGCUCUUUUUUUCUUCGGUCUUUUAAAUACAGACCUAGCAAGAGAGCUACAAGAUGCUUUACAUUGUGCAAUGUCUCCCAGGAUAAUGGAGGAAUUAUUAGACUGGGCAGAAGACUUGGAGAAGUACAAUGCUGUCUCAGUCCACUUUGAAUUCCUACAGUUUUUCCAGUGCUUACAUGAGACUCAGGAUGAAAACUUCACAAGACGGGUUUUAAACCACGUCCUUGAAGCCGAUCUUGACAUCCGUGGACAUCAACACCUCCGGGUGUCUUCAUUUUGCCUACAGCACUGCCAGAAGUUGCGUAAGCUGAGGAUCUCCGUCAGUGGUCCCAUCCUCGAAACGAAAUCGACGUCUGCCUUGGAGACGCUGGAGACAAGUGUUGUCAAUUUCAGGAAGCGUCAGUGGGAGGAUAUCUGCUCUGUGUUUUGCAAUGGGAACAUGAGAGAGCUGGACCUGAGUAACAGCAAGCUGAAUACUUCAUCUAUGAAGGAACUCUGUUACAAGCUGAGAAACCCAAGGUGCAAACUCCAAAAACUGACGUGCAAAUCCAUGUCUCCCGUGAAGAUUCUGAGGGAGCUUGUCAUUGUGCUUCACGGUAACCACAAGCUGACCCAUCUGGACCUGAGCUCUAACAACCUAGGAAUUACUGUGUCCAAGGUGAUUUUUAGAAGUUUGAGGCACUCCGCCUGCAACCUCAAGUAUCUGUGGCUGGAGAAGUGCAGCCUGUCGGUGGCCAGCUGUCAGGACCUGGCCCUGCUUCUCACCAGCACCCGGGGAAUGACCCGACUGUGCCUGGGACUUAAUCAGCUCCGAGAUGAUGGUGUGCGGCUGCUGUGUGCUUCCCUGACUCACCCCGAGUGUGUCUUAGAGAGACUGGAGCUCUGGUCCUGCCAGCUUCGUGCACCCAGUUGCAGGUAUUUGUCAGACGCUCUCCUCCAGAACAAGAGCCUGACACACCUGAAUCUGCGGAAGAACAACCUGGGAGAUGAGGGGGUGAAGUUUCUGUGUGAGGCCCUGAGUCGUCCAGAUUGUAACCUGCAGAACCUGAUCUUGUCAGAUUGUUCUUUCACGGUGGAGGGCUGUCGGCAGCUUGCCCACGCCCUCAAGCAAAAUCAUCGUGUGAAAAUCCUGGAUGUUGGGAAAAAUGAUGCUCAGGAUGGUGGGGUGAGAGAGCUGUGCAGGAUUCUGAAACGUCCAGAUUGUGUGCUGGAGACACUUGGGUUGGAGAAAUGCAAUUUGACAUCUGACUGCUGCUGGCCUCUGGCCUCUGUUCUCAGGAGCAGUAAAAGCCUGGUUAAUCUGAACCUUCUAGGAAAUGACCUGGGGCCAGAGGGAGUCAACACGCUGUGGACGUCCCUGAAAAAAUCCACGUGCAAACUACGGAAACUCGGGUAA